AUGGCAGCUUUUUCCCACAAGUUCACAAUGAAAACCAGCGUUUUUCUGCUCCUGCUCGCAGCUUUCACCUGUGGACUCGUGCAGGGAGACGGAAAUGCAGCCGAGGAGCUGCAGGUGGAGACAUUGGUGAAACCCGAAACUUGCUCUGUACUUUCCGCAAUGGGAGACACGCUGAAAAUCCACUACACGGGUAAACUGAUGGAUGGAAAGGUGAUCGACUCAUCACUAUCCAUGGACCCUCUUGUUGUCGAGCUGGGGAAGAGGACAGUCAUUGCCGGUCUGGAACAAAGCUUGGUUGGUGUGUGUGAAGGGCAAAAAAUCAAAGCCACUAUUCCAUCUCACCUUGCAUACGGAAAAAAAGGUUACCCUCCCACGAUUCCAGGUGAUGCUGCUCUUGAGUUUGAGGUGGAGGUGGUUUCUCUGACGCAGCAGACGCCGUGGCAGAAAAUGGUCAACGACGUGUUCCCCCUCGUGUGUUUGGCCCUGGUGCCCACUCUGCUCGGCUUGGUGGGACUUUACCUCUACAAAAAGGCCAGUGCUGAGAAGCCUAGCAAAAAGAAGGCGAAGGAUAAGAAGAGCAAGAAGAAAUAAGGACAAAGCACACAACUAUUUAAAUAAAAUUUUGUAAUUGUAUUUUGUGUUCUCCAAGUUUAUUUAGUAUUAAGAGAUGCUUUUAAUAUGGUUAUUAGCAUCUGGAAUUAAGGUAUUUUCAAAAGUACAGCAGUUAUUAGAGUUUAAUGUAUGUGUUAUACUAUUAACAGCUUCAGUAACUAUGAUGUUUGCACUGUCUGUAGGUCCCAGGUUAGUGAUAGUAAGUGAGACAGUGAGAUUUCACGAGCAGGUAUCCAGAGACAACAGCAGCGCCAGAACAUUUUGAUAAUAAAUAGCUGUAUUUAUAUAGCUUUUAUCCAAAGCGCUUUACAACUUGCCGCUUGUUCUCAUUCUCACACACUCAUACUCACACACUGAUGGUAGUGACAAUUUAGGGUUCAGUAUCUUGCCCAUUUCAACAUGUGGGUAAGGGGAGAAGGAGAUCAAAUCACAACCAGACUCUACCUCCUGAACCUCAGAUAGUCUUGCCGCAACUGCAAUAGAUAAAUAAAUCAACAUGUCACUAAAAGCAGAGAUUAGACUGUGACUAUGUUACAAGUACAAUAUAAGCAACAGUUGUGCUGUAGCAUAAAGGAAAUUACAACUUAAUCUUGUUAAACCACCCUGUGUUGUAAAAUGCUAAUAAAUCUACCUUGUAACAGAA